GGUGUGUUUCUAGGGGAGCAUUUUCAAAUGAAACACACAAUUUGUGACGUUUUUUGGGUAAACAGUAGACAAAGUCAGUCUUCUGUUGUUUUUUUGAAACUGAGAAUGUUGGUGAACGUUGACUCUGGGACGUUUUGGUAGCUUGUUUCGGUGGAUGUUUUCAUGGUUAGGACCAUGGAGCGCUCAGCCAGCAUUAAUGCGGACCAACCCGAGCAGCUUGGUACUAAUGGUUGUUGCGUUAAAUGGCGCAACUGGUGCGGCUUUUGGCUCCUUGGACUCUGCAACAACUUUGCUUAUGUGGUCAUGCUGAGUGCGGCUCAUGACAUCCUGGAAAAGCAAGAAUCAAAAAACUCAACAGUGACUGCCUCAGAUCAGCUGGCUGUGGGUCUCCGAGCUGGAAACCGUAGCAACAGCAGUCGGUACGACUGCAGUCCUGUCAGCACAGGGGCUGUGCUGCUGGCUGACAUUCUUCCAACACUCUUCAUCAAGAUUUCGGCUCCCUUUGUGAUCCACAAAGUACCCUAUGGUUUUCGGGUGCUGUUUUGUGUCGCCAUGGCAGCAGCAAGUUUCCUGCUUGUUUCCUUUUCCUCUGCUGUGUGGCUAAGUAUUAUUGGAGUGAUCUUUGCCAGUAUAAGCUCUGGGCUGGGAGAACUAUCAUUCCUGUCACUCAGUGUUUUCUUCAACAGGAAUGUUCUGGAAGGCUGGGGUUCUGGGACUGGUGCUGCUGGUGUUGCUGGUUCCCUCCUCUAUGCAGGCCUCAUCCAAGCACAUCUCUCCCCCCGGACCACACUGCUCAUCAUGCUAAUUGUUCCGAUUGCCAUGCUAGUUAGCUAUUUCGUUCUGCUGGUUCCUGAACCUUCUCUACCUCAGUGGAGCAGGUCAGAGACAGAGUGUCCACCUGUGGACUCAGAGGAACGACAGCGACUGAUGGACGAAUCAGAAGAUGACCUGGAGACAUCAGCUCCAGAGGACAGGACCAUGGGACCGGUCACCCUGCAGCAGAAGUUAGCUGUCAUCAAGGGCUUGUUAUUACCGUUUGUUAUUCCUCUGGGACUGGUCUACUUUGCUGAGUACUUCAUCAACCAAGGCUUGAUGGAGCUCCUGUUUUUUCACAACUCUUCCUUAUCACAUGCGGAACAGUAUCGCUGGUACCAGACCCUAUACCAGGUUGGUGUGUUUGUGUCCCGAUCCUCUCUGCGUUUGAAAAAGUUCAGGAAAACUUGGAUUUUCUCGCUACUGCAGGUGGUGAACGCAGUAUUCCUCAUCUUUGCUGUGCUCUUCCAGUUUCUGCCCAGCAUCUGGAUUGUCUUUGGUAUUAUUCUCUAUGAGGGUCUGUUGGGUGGAGCAGCCUAUGUAAACACCUUCCACUUCAUCAGCAAGGAAACUGAGAGCAGAUACAGAGAGUUUGCCAUGGCAACGUCCAGUGUGGGAGACAGUCUGGGAAUAGCUGUGGCUGGAGCUGCAGCUUUCCCCACACAUAGCUACUUCUGUUCCCUGUGAUGAAGUAGCUCUAUAACCAACAUAGAGGAGGACUCUAUGUUAACAAUUUCUUUAAAGAUUGGGACUUAGAAUAAAACACAUAACUCGUUCAUAAAAAUCCUCAUCUACACAUAAAGAAUCCCCCCUGAAUUCAGCAGGACCAGUUGCUGAAUCCUCUGCAGUUGAGAAGAAAACUGACAUCAGCAAUGGUUCCCAGAACAGUUCAGACAUUUUAGGAUUCACAAGUCCAGAUGGAAAUACUGACAACGUUGAGAACCUCUGCCUUAUAUUGUGUCUGCCCCAUACAACAAAUUUAAGAAACUCAUUAAAUAAUGUGUUGUUACCCAGAGCUACUUCGGCUGAUUCUGCUUCAUGUCAUUCAGUGACAGUUUAACUGUGAUGUGAAGUCUGAUAUCCUUUGUACAGAUUAAUUGUCUGAAGUGUGUUCUGUGAUCAGUAACGUCUUCAGGAAGGAUAACACAGGCUCCUGUGAACUGGAACAUUUGCUUAAAAGCAUUUUCUGCUGCAUUCUUUUGAAACAUUGAUGUUAAAAAAUAGCUCUUCAUGUUUGCGUUUUAAAGACCUUCACAUUUUCACUGUUAACUGAAAGCACCUGGACCUGAACGCACCGGCGUGGUAGUGUUUGAUUGAUAAAAGCUCUUACUUUCCUGCAAACUUCAAUCAAUAGAAAUGGAAAAUAUUAACCUUCGACUGGGACACAGACGGCAGAGAUGCAGCUAAGCACCUCGUUAAAUCUAACAAUCAAGUUUGUUUGUGCAGCACAUUUCAGCACCAAGGCAAUUCGAAGUGCUUAACAUAAUAAGAACUUUGUGGUGCAUAGAAGCUGAAUGCUGCUUCUCCAUGUUUGGUUCUGGUUCUGGAUGUAGAUCAGAAUCAGAACCAGAAGACCUGAAAGGUCUGGAAGAUCUGCUGAUACACCAGCAGAUCUUUAAUGUGUCGUGGUGCUAAGUUUUUCACUGAUUUAUAAAUAAACAACA